GAGGGGUAUCACUCUGCAUCUUUCGGAAGGCGAGAACCAUACAACAGCAAACGAAAAACGCACAUGUUUAGCGAAUGCAGUGACACAUCACUCGUUAUCGACAUAAGUGGACGCUCAGGGGAGAAGCCAGAUUGAGGCUUGCUCUUUCCCGUGAGAAUCGCAAGCCUCCACACCCUACCAGGUUGCUUAACCUGCCUGGUUAUGAUCAGGGCCUGCGGGUCGAAUGAGGCCGUUCAGUUCAAGAACGUCUUCUUUGAUCUCUCUUACUCAGCGCCGCUGUCCUCUCUCCUAUGCUCUCUGCCACGUUAACUCAGGAGAACACGGUAUUCUCCCCGAAAUUCUAGGAAGCAACCACAAAUGGCCUUGCGAAUCCGUCAACAACAUCACCGGUGGUCUCUCCCCCAAAGGAGCCUUGGUGGAUGACGUAUGGACGUCGGCAACUAGGAGAGUCUGCUGGAAUGAAUCUGACCAAGAUGCGGCAUGAUAUCUUGAAACAUAUUUUCAACUUGGCGAACGAGGACGAUUCCUACUUGACUACAUUUUACCCGUCUUCAAUGAGCCACAAGCCCUCCCGGCGUGGAGAAGUAUUGUUUGCCUCUCUCACGUGAACACUCAGUUUCGAGAAGUUGCACUCUCUAUGCCGACGCUUUGGAGGUGUAUCUGCGUACGAGGUUGUGGACGAUCCGAAUUCCUCGUGCACAAUGCUUCAGCUCUCGUUCGAAGAUCUGUCCUGUGGACAUUGACGAUUUGUUUCAUAACAAGAUCAGAUUGGGAUGUGCGGCUAUUGAUUACUCCCGUGGAUCAGGCAGCGCCAAAAUUACGCACUCUGAACACACAACGAAGGAGAAUGCGACAGUCUUCGACAUCUUCCAAGAGCAAACGCCGGCCCUUUCCAACGCCUCUGUGCAAAGUGUGUGAUAGAUGCUCUAUCCGGAUUGCAAGAGCUGAAGUUGAGCGAGCUGUGGUACGGAUCAUAUUCAAGCGCGCCUUGGCGAGUGCCUUGAAGUUAUCUCCAGGCGCCCAAAUCUGAAGAAGCUUUCCUUCUGUGGCGACGUCAAUAUUCACCCCAUCGAUGACCUUUUCCACCGAUCCUAGACCGCCUAUCCCGUUGCAUUCUCUAGACGGAUUUCUCCCCACAGCGCUCUUCUCUGUCUCUAUUCAGCCGGAUUUUCGCAAUCUAACUUGUCCCCCGACGCAAGCACUAUAACGACUGACCCAGGGUACUUACACCGACCGCCCAUCCCAAUAUCAUUGAUAUUGCACUGAUCCAUGCGUUGUGUACCCAUAUCUCUCAACCAUCCUCACGCAGCUACCCGGCCGUACAAG